UUAUUUAUACUGAAUUUCACAACCCUAAUCUCCAAUUAAUCUCGAUAUUUAGUAUUUAAGAUGUUGAUCAUCUAACAAUAAUUGGAAAAAUUACAAGGGUUUAUUGCAUUGCAUUUCAAUUCUUGGCAGGUGCAAAAAUGACGAGCUUAAGCAGUAACCCUACGACUUACAAACCGGGAUCAGAAAUGGAGUUUUGUGGACCACUUCGUCCCCCUCCACUCCAAAGGCAUCUGGGUAGGAGAUAAUCCUUUACAAAAUCCGUUUUUGUCAAUGUUGGCGCAAACCCUCCUCAUCGUCAUCACGUCCAGGGUGAUUUAUUUUUUCCUGAGGCCUCUCGGACAAACCAAGCUGGUCUGCAGCCUCCUGGCUGGCAUUACCUUGGGGCCAUCUCUGCUGGGGCGCAACAAGGAACUCAGGGACAAACUAUUCCCCAAUCAAGAUUAUCCUUUGUUUAGUACAAUCUCUUGGCUCGGCGUAAUAUACUCUAUAUUCCUAAUGGCGGUGAAAUUGGACAUUUCCAUGGUCAGAAGGACAGCAAAUAGCGCCUGGAAGAUUGGUCUUGCGGGCUUCCUUUUCCCGUUGGCAGUCACCUUAACCAUCCUUUCCCCGCUGGCCUGCAACGUUCAUGGACUCAGUGGAGGAAGGAUCUUGGUCUUAUUUUCUUCGCUUUCUCUAUCGUACACUUAUAUCCCUAACAUAGCUCAGGCCAUGGACGAUCUCAAUCUUAUGACUUCUGAGUUGGGGCAACUUGCCAUGUCCUCUGCAAUGUUCAAUGAUAUUAUACAAUGGGCAUUCACCACAUUGCAUUAUAUGUUUAUACAAAAGGGUGGAAUCCAAGGACUGGAGGCUUUCAUUUCCUUAUUGGCAUUGAUAUAUUUCUCUCUUCACGUCGUACGACCAGUUCUACUGUUGAUUAUUAAGAAGACGCCCGAAGAUUUAGAAGUGAAAGAAAGCUACAUAGUUGCAAUACAACUUUGGGUUCUUGUAAUGGCAUUUAUCUCUGACUUCAUAGGCACAGCCCCAACAACUGGUCCUUUAAUUCUGGGGUUAUCCAUUCCACAUGGGCCACCUCUGGGUGCAACAUUAGUACAGAAGACCGAAUUCUUGGUCUCCAAGUUUCUUCUGCCGAUGUUCUUUUUCCGUGUUGGCUACACUAUAGACGUGUAUUCGAUUCGCGAUUGGAGCAGUUUUACCAAACUUCAGAUUAUCAUUGUUGUGUCAUAUGUUGCCAAGAUUGGGGCAAUCACAGUGGCUGCAUUGUGCUGCAAAAUUAGGUUAAAAAAUAGUCUCUUGCUCGGCGCCAUCCUGAAUAUCAAGGGCAUAAUAGAUCUUAUCGCUUAUAAUCGAUGGAAGACCAUGAAGAUGGUAGAUGAUCAAUGUUUUACUCAAAUCUUGUUGUCAUUUCUGGUGGUGACGAUGAUCCUAACACCAAUUGUACGAUUCUUAUACAAGCCUCAAAUAAGCAGCGUAACAUCAACCAAAUUAUGUUCAGCAGUCAGAAAUAUGCAAUCAAUGCCAAAAAGCAAUGAAACAUUUCGUAUUCUUUGUUGUUUUCACAACCAAGAAAGUGUUCGCACCAUCAUCACCCUCCUUGAAGCCUCAAACCCAACAGAUACAAGCCCCAUUUGCGUCUACGUUGUCCACGCUGUCGAGCACAUUGGUCCCGCCGGGCCAAUGCUAAUCCCUUACAAGAAGCAGAGGAAGACGUUUAAGCGCACAGAUUCACCCACACGCCAAAUGAUGCGAGCCUUUGAGAAUUACUCACGAAACUCCAGAGGACCGGUCACCAUCCAAACCUACAAAAUGAUAGUUCCCUAUAAAUGCAUGCACGAGACGAUUUUCCAUCUAGCGAAUGAUAAGCUUAUACCUCUUAUCAUCGUACCAUUUCAUCAAAACCACCAGUCUAUGGUCGGCUCUACCACGACUGCCGCCAUACGCCAAUUCAACAUCAAUGUACAAGCGUAUGCCCCAUGUACAGUUGGAAUACUAGUUGACAGAGGUUUUUCUGCUAAGCAUGGCUGGAUCAGCCAUUUCACCUAUAAUGUAGGGUUGUUUUUCAUCGGUGGACCAGACGACCGUGAGGCCUUAUCCUAUGCAUUCUGCAUGUCAGGCAGCCCUGAUGUGGGCCUUACGGUCUACAGGUUCACAUUUCGGAAUGAAUUGGAACAAAAAGAUGAAGAGGAAAAAAAGGAGGAAAUGCUCGAUGAGUCGUUGGUGGAUGAGUUUAAGCUAAGGAAUGUUGGGAAUGAUUGUUUGAAUUGGAUUGACAUCGAGGUGGAUGACAACGUACAGGUUAUGGAUACUAUCAGGCAGUUGCAGGUCGAGUAUGAUCUUGUGAUGGUGGGGCGACGGCAUACGAAUAAGACAUUGUCGGAGGAACAAAUGGCAGAAUUCAUGGAAAAUGCAGAGUUGGGAGUAAUUGGUGACAUGCUUGCUUCUCCUGAUUUCUGUGGUGGGAUGGUGAAUGUACUGGUCAUGCAAGAAACCAGGGGCUUAAGUCAUAAAGGUUUUCGUAACGAAUCCGCAAAAAGUUCGCUAAGUAUGUUCAACUUUCAUCGAUGA